UGCCUUGCUCAGAGAACCUCAGUGGUAACUUGGCAGCUGCUGGACUCAAACCUAAAGCCUUCCAGACCCAAGUCCACUCCCUUAACCACUGAGCCACCACUGCCCCUUUAGUUAUUCAUAGACAAUAUUGAGUAAUGAUUCGACAACUAUUUCAGCUUCUUUGUGUAGCUUUAAGGUGGUCUUCCGUACGUGGGUGGGUGAGGUUAGAUUUUCUUCUUCAGCUUUAGUGUUACGUUAGCUAGUGGUAGGAAGCUACAGGCAGGACCCGAAGCAGCGCUACGGAGACUCUCUUUAGGAGCAAAGAGUUUCUUCUUAAAUCAAAUAAACAAACAAAAGGUCACAGGACCAGAACCAGGGCCAAGCAGGAACACGGAAACAUCACACAGUCACAGCCACAAUGAACAAUGGUCCGAUGAAGACAGGGUGAGGAAGAGAGAGCUAUAAAAACAGAGGACAGCAGCUGACACCACUGAGACAAAUGAACAGGUCGCCACAGGACACAGCGUAAAGACUCAGAGAGCAGAACUGACGUCCUGUGGCAGGAGUCCGGCUGCUGCCCGUGUCCCUGCGUCUGUAGACGUGGAGUCAGUGUACAUGGUGGCAUGUGGCUGGGAUUAGGAAAUUUCACUGUGGAUUAAAAUCCCUACCAACGCCUCCAUGGCCACUCGCUGAAGGAACAAAAGGAGCGCGAGGUGCUGUUGUAGAUCCAGCCGGCAGAACCUGGGUCCAUGGUCUCAGUUCGCAGCUCCAGGAUGUUCUGGCUGCUGCAGGGACGUCGUAACUGCAAAGCCCGUCUGGUCAACAAAGACGGACGCUGCAACAUUGAGUAUGGUAACAUCCAGUACAGGAGCCACUUCGCCUACCUGCUGGACUUCUGGACCACCUUCGUAGAGAUCCGCUGGCGAUUUGUUUUCCUCCUUUUCGUGGCAUCGUUCACAGGGAGCUGGUUCGUCUUUAGCCUGUUGUGGUACUGGAUCGCGAAGAACAAUGGAGAUCUGAUUGGACAGAACCACACAGAUGCACAUGUGCAGUGUGUGGAAAAUGUAAAUGGUCUCACAACGGCCUUCCUCUACUCCCUAGAGACCCAAACUACCAUUGGGUAUGGGGGCCGGGCGCUCACUGGGCAAUGUGCAGGUACGGUGGCUUUGAUCGUUUUUCAGUCACUGGUUGGCGUCUUUAUAAACUGUUUUAUGUGUGGAGUCAUUCUGGCAAAAAUCUCCUCGCCUAAAAAAAGGGCGAAAACGGUUACGUUUAGCAAAACGGCCGUCAUCUGUUUAAAGAAGGGGAAUCUGUGUCUCCUGAUUCGGGUGGCCAACCUUCGGAAGACCUUACUGAUUGGCAGCCAGAUCUACGGCAAGCUGCUGAAGACAACGACCACACCAGACGGAGAGACCAUCAUUCUGGACCAGGUGGACAUUGACUUCAUGGUGGACGCUGGUAAGGACAACUUGUUCUUUGUUUGCCCUCUGACCCUCUACCACGUCAUCAACAAAUCGAGCCCCUUCUACGACCUGUCGGCUGACACUCUGCCCCAGCAGGACUUUGAGCUGGUGGUCUUCCUGGACGGCAUGGCCGAGUCCACCAGCUCCUCCUGUCAAGUCCGGACCUCAUACAUCCCACAGGAGAUUCAGUGGGGCUAUAGUUUCCUGCCCAUCAUCUCACGCACAAAGACAGGAAAGUACCGUGUGGAUUUUACAAACUUUUCCAAAAGUGUCCGAGUGACCACGCCACACUGCGUCCACUGUUUUGAGAACGGCGCAGACAAGAAUAACCACAAUAAUCACAACAACCAGCACCUACAGAAGAAUGGCAUCGACAACCUGGGCUUUCAGGCCAUUGACAUCAAUGAUUAUGUGCAUGUCACAGAAAUGUAGUUGCAGUGGAACACACGGCACAGUAAAUAUAAACGUGCAGUCAGCGGGACCUUUUAGCCCUCUUUGAUUAACUAUUCCAUUUAGGUUUCUUAACCAACCAACUUUCUGAUAGAAUAUUAUGUCACAGAAAAACAACUUUCUGAAAAAAUAUGCAACAAAGUGUGACAUGAGAGCCAGCGGUCUGUUUGAAGGUUUGAGAAUGUUUAUCACCAGAUAUCACCGGGCUUCUAUUGGACUCUCUAUCCAUCCAUCUCAGACGGAAUCCAAAUUAUAUUUUGUGCAGAAUGGAGUGAAAAAACCUCUCAAACUGUCUUGUCGUACUUUAGCACUAAGUUACUUAUUUCAACCAACCGUGUGUCUCUUUGUUUUGGUGACAUCUGGGCUCUGGAGGAUGAAGGAUACAUUUUUUGAUAUGUAGAAAAUGAAAGGAUGUAAAAUGCUGGCUACCUUUAGGUUGUACCUGAGAAGAUGAGAGAUGAAGUACUUUGUAUAUAGAAAACUCUGCUGUUACGGCUGUAGGUUUAAACUAAUUCACUAAAAUGUGUUUGGCUAUUUUUCUGUGUUAUGUCAAAGCAUAUCAGGUGCUUUGAUAAUUAUUAAACUGUGAAUGUACAGUAGUUGCCGUAAAAACACUGAUUUUAACCAUGGCCAGGCUUCAGUUUGUAGACUGAACUGUGUAACAAUAAAACUCUCAGGGAAAAA